GCUCUUUGUGUUGAAUGUGAUCAGACAGCGAAACGAAACACACCGACUGUUGUCAGGUGCGUGGAUCCACACCGACGCCGAUCACAGUGAAACCACCGGCUUUUCCACAGCAUUUAACGUCCAUAUCAUCACCCCAAAUAUCAAAUCAGUGUCUUCACUGUAAUGGAGCUUCUUGUGGGCUUGUCUCUAGUUUGAUUGACAACUCACACUAAAAGGAAUGGACUACAGUGAAGAAAAGAGCGAGUAGAGACCACACCCUCAAAACACAAUGAGGCUGAACUCGUCUUGAGUUGCCCAGACACACACUCCACACACUCACACCAACAAACUGACUCACCAUGGGCUCCGUGUACAUGUGGAAGUUGUCGUCCCAAAAGUUGGGUUUCUUCCUCGUGAGUUUCGGCUUCAUUUGGGGGAUGAUGCUGCUUCAUUUCACCAUCCAGCAGAGGGCAACGCAUGAAAGCAGCGCACAGCUACGAAUGCAGAUACUGGACCUUAGCAAGCGAUACAUUAAAGCCCUCGCAGAGGAGAACCAAAGCGUGAUGGAUGGACCCUACGUAGGCACCAUGACAGCAUACGAUCUGAAGAAGACUCUGGCUGUACUUCUGGACAAUAUAAUGCAGAGAUUGUCCAAGCUGGAGUCUAAAGUGGACAAUAUCAUGUACAACGGCACCAGCGCCAACCUGACCAACGGCACUGGGACUCCCGGACCAAACCCCGUCAACCCGGAGAAAGUCAACGUGGCAGAUUUGCUAAACGGAGCGCAGGAAAAAUGCGAACUGCCCUCGCUUGAUGGGUUUCCACACUGCGAAGGGAAGAUAAAGUGGAUGAAGGACAUGUGGCGUUCGGACCCCUGCUACGGCAACUAUGGUGUGGAUGGGUCCACCUGCUCAUUCUUCAUUUAUUUGAGUGAGGUUGAAAACUGGUGCCCUCGUCUGCCGUGGAGGAUCAAGAAUAUUGGAGAUGAAUUGGAAAGAAAAACACAGUUGGAGGUCCGCACAAGUUUUGACGAGUUGUAUCGCGUGAUGUUGCGGCGUGAGGAGUUUCGCUGGAUGAUGCUGCGGAUCAAGCGGAUGGAGGAGCCGUGGGUCAGCGCCGUUCGCUCGCUCGCCAACAAACAAAACCUCCACCACCGCAAACGCAAGAAGAUCCUGGUUCACUUGGGUCUGCUGACAAAGGAGUCUGGUUUUAAGAUAGCGGAGAAUGCGUUCAGCGGCGGUCCUCUGGGUGAGCUGGUGCAGUGGAGUGACCUCAUCACCACUCUCUACCUGCUGGGACACGACAUCCGCAUCUCAGCCUCCCUCGCUGAGCUCAAAGAGAUCAUGAAGAAGGUGAUGGACAAUAAAUCCAGCUGCCCGACUAAAGGAGAUAAAGUGGUGGAGCUGAUUUACAUUGACAUCGUGGGGCUGGCGCAGUUCAAGAAGACCCUCGGCCCGUCCUGGGUCCAUUAUCAGUGUAUGCUGCGUGUGCUGGACUCAUUCGGGACAGAGCCGGAGUUCAAUCACGCUCACUACGCCCAGUCCAAAGGCCACAAGACUCCAUGGGGCAAGUGGAACUUGAACCCGCAGCAGUUCAACACCAUGUUUCCUCACACUCCGGAUAACAGUUUCCUGGGCUUCGUGGUUGAGCAGCAUCUGAACGCCAGUGAUGUCAAACACAUCGACGACAUCAAGCGGCAAAACCAGUCGCUGGUUUACGGAAAAGUGGACAACUUCUGGAAGGAUAAAAAGAAAUACCUAGACAUCAUUCACUCCUAUAUGGAAGUUCACGGCACAGUCCAUGGCACCAGUACAGUACACCUGCCCGGCUACGUGAAGAACCAUGGCAUCCUGAGCGGACGAGACCUGCAGUUCUUGCUGCGAGAGACCAAGGUUUGACAUUAAAAACCUACAAUGGCAGAC